AGCUUUAAACGGGCACAGGGGGGGGGGGGGGGGAGACAUAGAAACUAACUCAGAGACUAGCAGCUCACACUGAUCCGCCAGCGGCAGCGGCCGAGUGUCAGGCGGAUGAGGUCUGAGAAAAACUGCGCUCUGCUUUUGGAUGACAGAGGAGCGACUCGGCUCACAGGAUAUGGCACUUUCAGAGGACGUCCUGGGUCGGUUCUCUUACUCCCGGACCGGGUUUUCCGUGGACCCGCGGACCCAUCCGUUCAGAGAUGCGCUCGGGCUGCAGUUGCAUCUCGAGCCAACCUACCUGGGGCCGGUGUGCGGCGGGCAGCACUACAGCGCGCGCCUCUCUUACCUGCCGUUCAACGCGCACAUCAGCGUGUACGACUACUCCUUCGAGCCCGCGUUCAUCCGCAAGCGGAACGAGCGAGAAAGACAGCGCGUGCGCUGUGUUAACGAGGGAUACGCGCGCCUCCGCCAGCAUCUUCCACACGAACUCGAGGACAAGAGACUGAGCAAGGUGGAGACCCUGCGCGAGGCGAUAAGCUACAUUAAACACCUGCAGGAGCUCCUGGGCAGGGCCAGUUUUCCGCGAGCUCCCGAGGCGCGGGACUCGGUUUCCUCCACAGAACUCACCGCGUGGAGCGACAGAGAGUCCUGAGCGCACCGGGCACCUGCAUGCGCCAGUCUGGUGUUGUCUUACUGUCAGACCCGGCUGGGUGGUCAGCUGUGUGUG